AAUAGGUUGACGGCCGACGAAGCAGCCGCAGCAUGCCAUCCCGCACCCGUGCCUAUAGCUCGGCGAGCGAGGCCGCCCUGCAGAGCCUUAACAACUUGCAGCUGGCGAUCGCCAAGCUCGAGCGCCGCGUCAAGGAGAUCGAGUGGCAAGUCGCCGUGCACAACGCGACGGCGAACGUCCCAAAGAAGGAGCUCGUCGAGUCCAAGGACGCGAUCGCGCAAAUGUGCGGGAGCCUCGAUAAGCUUCAGUUCAACGGCGUCGAUGGCAUCAUCACAGCCGACUUGGUCACGGGCAAAGCCGACAUUCGCGACCAGCGCAAGCUGCUCAACAAGCAAUGCGAGUCGAUUCGGACCACGAUGCUUUCGCUGCACGCGCAGCUCACGAGCCACGUCGCCGCGACUGUGUAGUAAUGGUAGCAUCUAGAUAUGAUGCUCCGGAACGACGUCUCAAUUGUAUUCAAUGGCGUGUCAA